GAGUAAUUUGCUAAAACAUAAGUUCUCUCUAGUAUACCUUAUAUGUCUCGGGUUUAGCAGAGCGAGCAUUUAACUGGUUUGGGCAUUGACCACAGCGUGAAAGUAUAAGUAUACAAGUCACUACGUGGAAAAACACAGCUUCUUUGACCCACACCGCCGAUUUGGCAACACGAGAGCACAUCAUCCGAAGGAACAGUCUGUCACCAACCUCGGCACUAUGGAGUACUCCUAUUUGGGACAAAACAGUUUCGAUACCAACUGUGGUAUACCCGGAAUGGAAAAUCCUCUGGCGAGCUGUAAUAUUCCAUGUACCUACGGAGAUACCAACCCCUUUGGCCAAAUGGCUGCCCAAGGGUAUCGAUACAAUGGGGUGCGGACCUUUCCCCCAAAUCCUGCUAUAACCUCAGCUAGUUGUAGCAUGGUACCUCGCCCCCGAGACCACUCUCAGCCUCCGGUUUUCCCGACUGGUCUGUCAUAUAAGAUGUACCAACACGGCCACCAUGAAAAUGGUUUAAGUCCAGAAAAAAGAAAGCAACGACGGAUACGAACAACAUUCACCAGCGCACAACUUAAAGAGCUAGAAAGAGCCUUCGCAGAGACACACUAUCCGGAUAUUUAUACUCGCGAGGAAAUAGCAAUGAAAACAGAUCUAACUGAAGCCCGAGUACAGGUAUGGUUCCAAAACCGAAGAGCCAAGUUCAGAAAAGUUGAAAGGGCAAAGCAGCAGCAGCAACAACAACAGCAACAGCCAACAACUGUAAAACAAGAACCGGGUAACACAAGCAGCAACAACAACAACUCCAGUACAACUAACAACAACAACAAUACCUCUUCCAACACCUCCAAAGACAAGCAGAAACAAUCCGAGGAGAGCUCAAACAAAAGUCAAAACGAGACCUCAAAAUGGACAAGUGGAAUAACGGUGGGGAAAGGUACACCAGGAAUGGCGAACAAUCCUUCCCUCCCGGGACCUUACUCCAAUGUGCUGACAAAUCGCGGCGCUGAUUACCAAACAUCGCCAUCUUUAGACAAAAGUGUGUCGUUGGCAGGUGGAAUAUUUUGAGUCAAUGUUGUACGUUGAUUCAGACCGAUCAUGGAUGGACAUCAUGAGAUUUUAUUGGUGGACGAUUUUAAAAUCAAAUGGAUUCCAUCAAUUUAGAACCCGGAUGUUUGACUCCUGGCAUAUCUAAAACAGUGAGGAAUGCAUUGAGAUUAAGAAAAAGUGAGGGAACAUGAGGGAAAUAACUCCUGACUUUAGGGAACAUUAACACUGUUGGUGGUGAACACGUGUCCCUUGAAUGUGUCCCUGGUUUGGACAUCCCGAGCGUAGGACUAUAGACCCAUUGGACUUAUCACAGUAUUGUGGUGUUGUCAUGAUUUUUCUUUUUUUUUUUUAAUUUAAAAACGUGUUUGUUUGAUCCCUUGUGUGCGACCAUCGAGGUUUAGAUUAGAUGAUGAAAGUGGACAUUUCAUAAUCCUAAUUCAUUAUAAAAUUCAUAUUUCCAAACUUUUCUAUCCUGAGAAUUUAGGAGUAGAAGUUAUGGCAUGUAUGUGUGUAUAUUUCAAAUACAUUCCCCUUCAUAGAACGAACGGAGCAUGAUAAGGUAAUCGAAUUGUA